AUGACUCGAAAUUCCCACGUUGGCAACCGUAGCAAAGAGACUCGGAAGGCUACCGCAACUCCCAAGACCGGUGUCAAAUCGAAGAAUACCAACACUUCGGAGUUUGUGCCAAAUACUCGCCCCAUGAGGGGGCAGAAGGAGGUCCGGAUUUGCCGCCCGCGACCAAAACUUCUGCUUGAAUAUUCGGGUGCUGCGGGGUCCAACUCCAAGGUACCUGUCAAGGUAUCGAUCCAGCAUGCAAUCAACCAAGCCGUAAGGGAGUCCCGGGGAGCAGAGUCUUCAUCUGAUGAGGAAGAGCUCGAUCCACCAGCUACUCCUGAAGGCCUAGACCCUUUAUACUCCUUUGACGCCAACACAAGCCCUGCCCACGGAGGCCAUGUGCUCAGCGCCGCUGUCGUGCAGGCAGUAGACAAAUUCGAGACCAAGCAGACGGAGAAGCUUGCGCGAGAGUACGAAUUCGUCGGCUUGGUCGAUCCAGAGGACUUCGACGAGGGAUAUGGCGGCCACGAGGACGGAUUCGAGCUCAUCGAACCUGUCAACUAUUAA